UUUUUUUCCUAAUUUUUUGCAGACAACGUCGAUCGAUCUGUGUCGUCACUGAAUCCGUCCUGUGCACAUAAACCUAUAAUUGUCGUCAUUAUUUCACGACAAAUUCGUGCAAUUAACGCUUCCGACUAAAACCGCAGAUCGAUCCGCCGGAAAGUCUUCGUGUCGUUGUACACACGUCUUCUUGAGAGUCACUGUUUGUCCUUUUCAUCUUACGAAACAAAACGAAACAAGAAAACAUCGUAACCGAGAUGGCAACCCUGGAUCCGACUGGACUUUACUGAAGAAAACAACUGGAAAUAAAAAGGAGAAAGACCGUGAAUUCCUGGAUCUUCUGCCAGAAGUUCUUGGGGUUAUUAUUAUUUUUUCUUGAGUCGCGCAACAAAACCACGAUUUCUUUUUCUCCUGCCGACGAAAGAAGAAAAACUGGGGGUUGAAUAAUGGCAUACAGUUCAACCGACAUCGCUCACCGAACCUCUCCUGAACCUUCAUCAACAGCAAGUUGGAGCAGACAGAGAAGCGGGAAAAAAGACCCCCUUGACCCGACAGGCCUUUACCGACACACCUGCAACACAUGGCGGGGAUCACGGGGUGUCGACGGUCGUCGUCGUCGUCGUGUAGCGAGGGUUGCUAUACGGUAUCGGGCGGCGCGUCCCGCCGCAGCCGCCGCCGCGCGAGUUAUGUCACGUCGGACCUCGCAGCACGUGCCCGACCAUCAGGUGGUCGCCGGGGAGGGCGACUGGCGGACAGGCGACCGGAGACAUGCGGAGUCUAAAAAUGGGAGUGAUGACUAUAAAAACAUUGUGUUCGAGAAGUGCGUGAUGAUACAAGAUAGAAUGAGGGAGAGGGACGUGACCUUACACGCCAGGGUGAACGAGAUAUCCAAAAGAUGA